GAGCAGGACUCCAAGAUGGGGUCAAUAGUACCACUGAAGGAAAAGAAACUAAUGGAUGUCAAACUAGUAGAGCUGCCAAACUGGAUUUUGAUGAGGGACUUCACCCCAAAAGGCAUUGCUGGAGCAUUUCGGAGAGGUUAUGACCGGUACUUCAACAAGUACAUCAAUGUGAAGAAAGGGAGCAUCCUGGGGUCAACAUGGUGCUGGCUUGCUAUGUACUUUUUCAACUACUGCCAUUGCUACAGGGAGCUUAAACAUGAACGGCAUCGCAAGUACCACUGAAGAGCCUGAAGAGCCAUGAGGCUACCUGUAUUCUUGAUGGAUGCUGUCUGGCCUGGCUCCCAUCUGUCAACUUAAUCACAGCGGAGUCCUUUCACAUUCUGAGACAAUUAUCGCUGAAUAAAAGGUGACUGGUA